UUUACAUGAGGAACGCACAUUUACACGCGCGCAAAUCGCUACGUUUCACCCAAAACCGCCAAAUUUUACUUUGAGCGCACAUGUCGCGUAUCCCACAAUCAUACGAUGGAAAACUCACACAAAGGAGGGCUGCGUAAUGUAAUUAAAUCUAAGACACUACAUGCACUAAUUGCGCGCCUUUGAUCGGCGACGUGUGCUUAAUUAGUUUGCAACAACUCGAAAAUCACAAUUUACCACUAACAAAAAAGUAAUCAACGGUUAAUUAUCAGAUAAUGAGAGUCGUGCGCCAGUUUCUUCUCCGUGGAGCGAUGUGAAUGUGGGCUAGUGUAAAACGUGGACAAUGACAGUCAAAAUUUCCAAAAUCUUUCCCGUUUUUCUUCUGGUUGCCGUUUUCAAAAACUUGCCACACGUGCACUCCGAAUGGCACAACAGUUCGUUUACCCUCUGCGAAGAAGGCUACUUCCGCUGUUACAAUAGCAGCGUCUGCAUACAGCAGAUCGAAAAUUGCGACGGAAAAUUCGAUUGCGAGGAUGGAAGCGACGAAUGGAAUUGCGCCGACGAGGAGGGAUCGAAGUAUUGGGAUCAUCUUUUCAGAAAGAACCCGAGCGCCGAGCACGAAGACUUAGACCAGAAAUGCGCGUUAAAUUAUAAUGGCUCCUGCAUAUGUCGCAGUAAAGUAAUACUAUGCCAGCACAUGAAUCUUAAGAGGCCCCCCAAUGACUUGCCACAUGCAGAAAUUGAUCUAUUGGACUUCUCCGGGAAUUUCUUCGGGGAGCUUAAUACGACCACCGUGAAUUCGAUUCCGGCAGAAACUAGCAGCUUAGUCCUCCGCCAGUGCGCCAUUACAGAGCUCCACCAAAAGACAUUUUAUAAGCUCUCCUAUCUCAAUUCGCUAUACUUGGACAAUAACGACCUAGUUAUAUUUCCCGCGAACAUCUUUCCAAAGAAAAACGAACUGACUGUUUUGGUGGUGCGUCGUAAUCGUCUCUCCUACGUCGAUGUAAACGCAUUUCAACAUCUAACAAAACUGAUUGAACUCGAUUUAAGUUACAAUCAACUAACGGAGAUUCAAAAGGAAAUGCUAGAGCCGUUAAUUAAACUUCAAAUCUUAUAUUUAAGCGCGAAUAGAAUAGCAAAAAUUGACGAGAACACUUUCCCUCCGAUGUCUUUGGCCACCCUUUCAUUGGCGGAAAACGAACUGGAAGCUCUACAGGCAGGGACAUUUCGUUCGGCGACCACACUAAAAAAUCUAUUCCUAUCGGAUAAUGGAAUCCAUUUUCUUUCUAAGGGAACCUUUCGCAAUUUGGAUAAUCUGGUAUCACUUAACUUGCAAGGGAAUGGCAUCAAGCACAUGGACGUGGAAGUCUUCGAAGAUGUGCACAACUUGACAUCACUAUACCUGGGCAAUAACGCCUUCAGGAAGCUACCAAAGAACCUGCUGCAUCCUCUCACCAAGCUUCAGUAUAUCUAUUUCGACCGUUUCGAAAUGUGUCUUGCCGCAACCCACGUGCGAGUCUGCGAACCGAAAGGUGACGGAAUCUCCAGCCAGGAGCAUCUCUUGGACAAUCCCAUUCUACGGACAAGUGUCUGGAUCAUGGGCGCGGUCGGUUGCUCGGGCAACAUAAUCGUACUGCUGGGUAGGCUAAUUGCGCCCGCUAAUAACGUGGUGCAUUCGCUGUACAUUCGAAAUUUGGCGUUGAGCGAUCUGCUAAUGGGUAUUUACUUGUUUGUAAUCGCAACUGCGGACUACUACUAUCGAGGGAUGUACUUGCAGUACGAGUCCGAUUGGAGGCAUAGUGCUCUGUGCAACCUUUGCGGAUUUCUAAGUACGUUAUCGUGCGAAUCGUCGGUUUUGAUCUUAUCGUUAGUAACAUGGGAUAGGUUUAUAUCGGUCACGCAACCUUUAGCCAGAAAGCAACCCUCGGCAAAGGCCGCGUUUUUAACGCUUACCUUUCUAUGGAUUAUUGCCAUCACAGUGGCGGCGGCCCCGUUAACCACAAUAGCCGAUCAGUACUUUGGUGACGAAUUCUAUGGCAGUAAUGGGGUGUGCUUAUCUCUGCACAUACACGACCCUUACGAUAAGGGAUGGGAAUACUCGGCAGCGAUGUUCGUAUUUGUAAAUACAAUUGCACUUAUCUUCAUUUGCUACGCUUAUUGUCGCAUGAUACAAGAGAUACGCGCUAGUAGCGUAGCAUGCCGAUCCACCAGGCAAAGCCAAGAUCGUGACAAAGUUGCUCAAAGAUUCGGAGUUAUCAUUCUUACUGACUGCCUGUGUUGGGUUCCAGUGAUUUGCGUCAAACUGGCAGCACUAUCAGGAUGUGCAAUAUCCGAAGCCUUGUAUGCUUGGUUGGCCAUACUCGUUCUGCCUAUUAAUUCAGCCCUCAACCCCGUACUAUACACGUUAACAACAACAGUAUUCAUCAAACAGAUACAGAAAAUCAUUAAUUCGCGAGUGUUUAAAAGAAAACGUUCCGAUCAACAGAACUCGGACACAGCUCACAGCUCGUCAUUUUUACCCAGAGGUAACGGAUCAAAGCGCUCAAUUUUUAGACGGGCUCUCAACAGGAUUACGCCCAGUUACAGAGUGACCCGCAUAAUGCCUUUUAGAGGUGCCCCUGCUGAAGAUCUUAAGUUGAUAUUUGGAGAAUAAUGAACGAGUUUGUACUGAGAGUAGUGACUAGUGACAAAUACACGACAUAACAUAACGGGUGAUCAAAAAUGAGUUGCCGUCGAGUCGCCUUUGGAAGUUCAAUUUCCUAUGUAAACAAAAAUUCCAAAGGUAACUCGAC